UUCUCCCCAACAAUCUCAGCUACAUAUUUCCUUCAGUUAAGACACUGUUGAAAUACAGGGAUUCUGCUAAGCUGGAAGAGAUGCCAGGUCAGUUCCUCCAGUAAGCCAUGAGAGAUGUUAAGUUUUUAUGUCAAGUCAGUUCCUCCAAUAAGCCAUGAGUCAAAGAUAUAGGGGAGGAGAUUAAAAAGGCUGACGGAUUGCCACAGCUGCACCUACAGAAGACAAAGCAGAUCUUCGGUGCUUGUUAGCCACAAAACCAAAAUGGACUUUUGGAAGAUUCUAUUGCUGCUGAUGCAUUGCAGAAAUGUAAUUGCAACUUCAGGUUCCUUCUGGCAUAUCUCAGACCUUCAUCUUGACCCAGAGUACCAAAAGUCCUCAGAUCCAUUGAAGGUGUGUCCAUCGGCUGGCACUCAGCCAGUGAUCACUGCAGGAACCUGGGGUGAUUACUUGUGCGAUGCUCCCUGGAUUCUUAUCAACUCUUCUAUUUAUGCCAUGAAGAAGAUUCUUCCUGAUCCAGACUUUAUUCUUUGGACUGGAGAUGAUACUCCUCAUGUGCCAGAUGAAAAGCUGGGAGAUAAAAUUGUGUUGGAAAUAGUAGAAAAGCUAACUAACCUGAUCAGAGAUGUCUUUCCAGAUACUCAGGUCUAUCCAGCAAUGGGCAACCAUGACUUCCACCCCAAAAAUCAGCUUCCAGCUGAGGAGAACAUGAUCUACAAUGCAAUAGCAGACUUAUGGCGCCCCUGGAUUGAUGAGCCCUCCAUACAGACGUUCAAAACAGGUGCUUUCUACAGUCAAUCGCUGCCUGGUAUUGGACCAAGGAGGCGAAUAAUUGUCCUCAACACCAAUCUGUACUAUGAAAAUAAUAAACGGACCAUGAAUCUGGAAGAUCCAGGAGGCCAAUUCCGAUGGCUGCAAACUCUGUUGACCAAAGCAUCAGAAACAGGAGAAAAGGUCUAUAUUAUUGGGCAUGUUCCUCCUGGCGUCUUUGAAAAGAAACGAGGCAAACCCUGGUUCCGAAAACACUUCAAUCAAAGAUAUACAGAAAUCAUUCAGAAACAUCAUGCUGUAAUUGCAGCACAAUUUUUUGGCCAUCAUCAUACGGAUAGUUUUAGAAUGUUCUAUGAUAACAAAGAUUCCCCGAUCAGUGUCAUGUUUUUAGCUCCAGCAAUUACCCCUUGGAAGACAAGCUUGCCAGGUGUGCAGAAUGGAGCCAACAACCCUGGCAUCCGUGUUUUUAAAUACGACCGUGAGACUCUGCUCGUGAAGGAUAUAAUAACUUACUAUUUAAACCUCACCCAUGCUAACAUGGGUACUCCUGAGUGGAAAAAAGAAUACAGCCUGACAGAGGCAUACGAGAUCCCAGAUGGUUCUGUUCGCUCCAUGCAUUUGGUCCUGGAGAAGCUUAUGAGAGAUAAAAGUCAGCUCCAGAAGUACUACCGAUAUAAUUCAGUGCAAUACGAUAGCACAUUCUGCAAUGACAGCUGCCAGACAGAUCACAUCUGUGCUAUCAGAGAAGUUGACUUUGAAAAAUACAAUCAGUGUGUUAUAGCCAGAAGUGCUGCAGCUGCAACCCCAGUUCUGGACAUUUUCUUACUUUGCCCCACCAUGGGUCUCAUUACUUUAGGCCUCUUGGACAUCUUGAGCAAGCUGGGCCACAAAUAGCACCAAGUGAAUUCCACAGGAAUAAAUAAGAAACACAGAAUGUAGUGACAGUCACAAGUGCCAGCAUCCUGAGAAUUUUAGACCAUCCAUUUCUGAUGAAUUGUUGAACUGCAAACUCAUCUGAUCAAAAUUAUUAUUUUUUCUUGCACUGGGAUGGUGCAAGGUCUUCCUUGGAAAAAAAACAAAUAAACACUUAAGCGGCAAAGCUUCUAAUCUAAGAGUAUCAUUGCUAUGACUUCAAGAGUUAGGGAUUAUCAUUAGGGCGUUAUGCUGCAGUGGCAUAAAAGGGUACUUCCAACUGAUGUUAGGGAAAGAGGAGGUUCUGAUGGACUGUGCCAGAGCAUGGACUCUUCUUUAACAUCCACAUGAAAUUGAUGGUGUCAAUACGUUGCUGAUACCAAUUUUACAUCUCCACUCCAGGCUGAGUAAAUGACAUUUUGGAAUUCUUGAUUUGAUACCCAAAGGCUAUAAAAGAACAGGAUUCAGUGAAACAGGUUCAUCUGAAAACUCAGUGGAGUUAUUUAUGCUAAUGUCUUCACUUGCAUAAGAUGUGUAAAAAAAUGCAAUAUGUAUAAACUAACACAAUUGUUUGACCGGAAAUUUUUAUCUUCUGUUAAGGGCACCUUGGAAUCACAGUUUCAAUACAAUUUCAAAGGAUUGUUUGUUUGGGUUUUUACUGCCCUAAAUUGAGAGUAAGGGGAAUUUUUCCUUAUACAAAACCUCGUUAACUUUCAGGAAGGAAGUAAAGCCACUCUUCUAGAGAGCUUUUGCUGAGAAGCCAACUUAGAUGGACAGUAGCUCUGCAAUAUGGUUGAUUUUAGGUUGUAGACUGUUAUAUUUUUAGAAUUGUAAGCCACCUGUGACCCAAGCAGUAUUGUAACAUUCAAAAGUCCGCAUUAUCAAAUAGAUAAAUGUGGUUGAGUUGGGUGGGGUUGGUUUUGAGUGUGAUCUCAUCCACUGUGUCUGUAAACCCAUCAUAGUUAACAAACUAUAAUGGGGGGGAAAGUAUUUUUAAAUGCACUGUGUGAAUCCUAGCACAUGACUUUCAAUGACUCAGUUGUUUAUUUCAUUUCCUAUUUUAUUCUAUGUCUACAAUGCCAUAAAAGCAAUAAGGGAAGACUUACAAUGAUACAGAUUUUCACCUCAAUAGAAAGGCGGGCCUUGUACAGAGAAAUAAAAGUGCACAUUCAAAACUAACCCUCUAAUCUUUCUGCCUACACCAUGAUAUCAGGUCCAGAUUUUCAUAUUCUGAUAAACCAUUCUGGCUUUUUUUUAAAUUUGGUGUGCUGGUUUCUAAUUGUUGUUUUACCAUAAACUAUUAUUAAAGGAUCCAUGGUUCAAUUUGGAGUUCAAUUCGGAGUCUC